GAGAUCAGGCGUCAGAUGCAGGGGGCUGGGGACUACUGUCUCCGGGUAGCGCGCAGGAAAGGUGGCGGCAAUCGAAAAGGUGGAGGUCUGGGUCCCUUUCCCACUUGCCUGGACUCUGUCCCCUUAUCGGGCGUCUCCACUCUCCGUUUCUUCCUCAUAGGCUUGUCCCUGGGAGUGUGGGCGGCCCACUUCCUGAGCGCAGAAACUCUUACCACCCCCUUCCCUCCUCUUCCUCCUCCCCUCCCCGCACACCAGCCCUUCUCGGUGCCUCAUCACUCUACCUCAGCCUCUUCCUCCUCGGAGCGGUUCAUCAGACAACCCGCCCCCGCGGACUGCACCGGGUUUUCUACGGACCAGCCUGGGAGGCGGAGAGAUGCUGAUGGGAAGUUAAGUGUGAAAUUUGGGGUCCUCUUCCGAGAUGACAAAUGUGCCAACCUCUUUGAAGCAUUGGUAGGAACACUCAAAGCUGCAAAACGAAGGAAGAUUGUUACAUACCCAGGGGAGCUACUUUUGCAAGGUGUUCAUGAUGAUGUUGACAUUAUAUUGUUGCAAGAUUAAUGUGGUUUGCAUAUCAUUGUUCAUUGUUAUUUUCUGGUAAACUGGAAUAUUUUCAAGUCAGAGGAAAAACAUGAGCAUAGUUAAUGUAUUUUUAUAGAACUUUGUAAACAAAAGGAGACUCAUUUUAGAAGUCCAUCCUUUUCAUAUCUUGAAAGAAAAUUUAUGUAUUACACUGUAAAAUAAACAAAACUGAUUAUUUUUCUCAGGAAUCCGGUUGAAAAAUGUAGGCAUUGAGGUUUUUGUGGUGGGCGUGUGAGAGUUUCAUAAAUCAUUCUUAGACAAUUUCCAUAGAUAAUUGAUAUUCUGUGAAAGCAAGAAGCAAACUAAAGACCAGCUCCCACAAGGAAUAUUUUAAUGUUUAUGUAAUAAAAACAUGUUACUAUCUUAAAA